UAUUUUGUAAAUAUUUAAUUUUCAAUAUAUUUACUAGCGAAAUUUAUUAUUUGAUUUGAUUUAAAAUUAGCAAAUAGUGCUUGACUCAUUACAAAUUUUGGAACUGAGCCUUCAUCCGUAAUAUUGGAAGGCAUCGAUUAAGAUUUUAUCUUAAUCGAUUUAAGAGAAUUAAUCCCUUUUGUACUUGUGCUGAGAUAAUUUGCACACGAAAUUGAUGUAUUUGUCGAACACUUCAAAUCGCGCUUGAAUAAUUGACAACGAAACAGAUUGAAAUAAAACUGAUAGGUAUAUUCUCCAGCUUAAUCGCAGACGUCAUUAAGUUCUAAGAGAAACUUGGUCUGGAUCUUAUAAGAUGUACACAGAGACAAAACUUUUGUAAUAUAUGCCAAAAUUCAAAUAUUCCCAGGAUUCGCUAUCAGCAUUUCUCUGCUGAUUUGAUCAGUAUCAGUAGUUACUGAUCUAAUACCACUGCACAAGAUUUUUGGAUUAAUUGAUGUUUGACGUGCCUAAGCAAACCCUAUAUUUGCGAAAUUCAAAUAUCUGACUACUUUGAAGAUUUGAUAGUAGCAGAUUUGCAUAAAGGACUACUGUGCAUUUUGUUUAAUUUAGCAAUAUCCUUUUUUUCUGCCGAAGCCGAAAAACUCAGUCCUACAAACAAGAAUUGUUAAUAUUUUAUCUGAGGAAGAUAAGAAUAUUGUUUGAAUAUUCAAGCAAGUUUACUUGGCCAAUAUCAAGAAGUUUUGCGAAAACUUAUGUUAUAGUUGCCGAUAUCCGAAACUGCAAUUCAGAUUUGGUAGUAACAUACUUUACUGCACAUACGACGGUACGUUUAAGAUCACUUUAUUGAUCAUUUCUAAUCGCGUACUGAUUUAACUCAAAAAACUUUAGUUACCAUGAGACACUUCAAAGAAGCUCCACAAAUGACACUUAACAGUUUGGAAAAUCUAAAUGAAGGUGUUUAUUACACCAAAAAAUACAAUAAAUGGAUGAACCAGCUAUGCGAAAAGAAAUUAUCAAUGGAUGAUAUUGCUAAGGUUUUGGAAUUUGAAAGAAGUCUACAACAAAAUGCUUCAGAGAAGAAUGUGCCACUUAAUACAGAAGCAACAGAUUUUUACGUCGAUAGAUUUAUAGAUAUAUUAGCAGAACGGAGGAAUCAAAUCAAUAUUGCUGAACACAGAAAAAGAAAUAUAAUGAUUCGUAGGCCCAGAAAACCAGGCUUUAAGAGAAAAGCCAUAAAAAAAAUUACUACAAACAACAACGCUAAAAAUCCGAAUCCUUUACCUGUAAUUAAGCCGAAACGUCAAAAAGCAAAACGAAUAUAUAGAAAAAAGAAAAAUGGUCCAAACAAAGCGAUCAUUCAAAAUACUAUUAUUCCAAAAGAAGAGGCUCCAAAGAAAAAACAAAUAAAAAAAAAACCAAAGCAACCAAAAAAAAGAAAACCUAUCCAACGAAAAAAACCAGCAAAACAGCGAAAGGCAAUAAAGAAAAUAAUGCCUAUGAUUUAUUGUCCUCCCUUACCAAAAGACAAUACUCACUCCCUCACUGAUCUUAUUCAUUAUGUAAAAUCAACACCAAAAGGAAAAAAACCGAAUAAGAAAAAUAAACGAAAGGUUGUUAAUAAAAUCCAGAAACAAAGACAACAAGAAAACAAAGUCAAAGCGAUCGGUAAUAAAAGAGGAAUAAAAGAACUAAAUAAUUUUUUCCAGGCAAAAAACAAACCUGCUAAUCCGAAAGGUGUUUAUCAGAAAAAGAAACGAAAUGCUAAGAAGAAUAAACGAAACAUUUAUAAGAAGAAGAAAAAUGGUUUCGAUAGAAAAAAGAUACAAAAAAUUUUCACGAAUCAGGACAAAUGUUCCCUAUCAACGCAACCUUCUAUCAUGAGUACCGAAAACGAUUCUUUCAGUGAUGUUAAAAUGAUGGACUGGCAUAUGGAUUCCGAGGACUUUGACUACACUCCCUAUCGAACACCACAAAAUAAGAAGAAAAAAUGUCGCCCAGCCAAAAAACGUGUCAUAAAAAAAAAACAAAAGUAAUUUUAACUUAACCCGGACUUGUCGAAACUCAAAUCGUUCAUAACAGGACUUCUACAAUAUUCAUAUUUAAAUAAUGCGAUCUAUUCAUACCAAAAACCAGUUUUAAAAACAUAACCAUAUCAACAAAGUCUUUCACAUAGAUUAUAACAAUUCAACAAAAAAAUGUAACAAAUAAAAUGUAUUAAUGAAAAAGUUUU